UUCCGUGGCCCAUUGCAUGUCAACUCAAUUUGGCCCAUGAUGUGAUUUUCGUCUUCCACCACUCCAAAUUCUCUUCUCCUAUUCCUUUAACCCCCCCUCCAUCAGAGAGUCGGGUUUUAUUAGGAACAGUUGGGAACUGGAACUGAUCAUUAAUCUUCAUCAAUUGACAGCUUGUGAUCGAUGUCUAUUGAUAGAGGGAAAGAUUUGGCGGAUGGGGCGUCCAGCUCCCCCGGCGAUCCACCGGCGACGCCAAGCCGAUACGAGUCGCAGAAGCGGAGAGAUUGGAACACUUUUGGUCAGUACCUGAAGAACCAGAGGCCACCAGUCUCAAUGUCGCAGUGCAAUAGCAACCAUGUGCUGGAGUUCCUUCGAUACCUCGAUCAGUUCGGGAAGACUAAGGUUCACUUACAAGGUUGCAUGUUCUACGGACACCCGGAGCCGCCCGCUCCUUGCACCUGCCCGCUCAGACAGGCUUGGGGCAGCCUUGAUGCGCUCAUUGGCCGUCUGCGAGCUGCUUAUGAGGAGAAUGGUGGCACGCCGGAGACUAACCCGUUCGCUAGCAGCGAAAUUCGGGUUUAUCUCCGGGAGGUGAAGGAUUGCCAAGCUAAGGCAAGAGGGAUCCCGUACAAGAAGAAGAAGAAGAAGGCGGGCCAAAGCAGCAUGCCGGAUGAUGGAUGAAUUGAAGCCUGAACUGGUUCUCCUGAUCAAGAGCUGCUUGAGUUAUGUAUUAUGGGGCAGAUCAGUGACAGCGGUUGCCAAAAUGGCAAAGCGAAAAAUUACUGCAUGCUUUUGUCUUUUUCCAAUUAUAGCUAUAAGCAAGGGUUUUUCAUAUAAAUGAAUAUGGUAUGAUAAGUUUUGUGGGUAUUGUUAUUUGGGAAUUUGUAAGAUCUUGUCAUGUCACUCUAUAUAUAGUCUUUGUGCUUAAAUUUGUCAUCUGCAUCCUAAUAAUAUAUGUGAGGUUCACAUUUCCUUA